AACGAACGUCAUCAGAGACGGCUCGCGCUCUCCUUUCUUUGGUUCUUGUUGCUUUAACUUUUUUUGUAUACAAUCGCGAAACGCAAAAUUCCAGUUGACAACGGUGCACUAAAUGAUCUAAAUUUCGUUCAUGUGUAACUUAUCGAUCGCGCAGAAAAAUCAACGAACCUGACUUGAUAGAUGCGAACGCCAUGAUAUUUGAAAGUCGAUUCGGUGCAAAUUUCUUCGUUCGACUCGAAACAAUGUUAGUGCACUAAAGUCUUGAUUCGGGCUCAAAUUGAAAAGAAAAAAAAAUUAUAGGGGAAAAUGUCGCUGCUUAUCGCGAUAACUGUGGCAAUCAACAUAUGGAGUCUGAGCUGUUCGACCGUGAGUUCAGGCGAAGGACUUAAAACUCCGCUCCUACAGGUAAACGACAAAAUUACUGGCGCAGCUGCAGUUUACAAGAUGAUUACGAAGAGAAACACACAACCGAUCGUCAACGGUACCAGUAAUCACGACGAUCUGCCGAUUUUGUGGGAGAAUCUGGAAAUUUGGAUGUCGCUCUUGCCAGAGUCGAUUCGCGAAUUGCCGAUCAUACAACUCGCCAUACCAGGCUCGCACAACAGCAUGACCUACACGAUCGACAAAAACAAUGAUCUCGGUCCGGACAAUCCGGGCCUCGUGAACACGGUCAACCUGUUAUUUCCGAAUCUGACGAAAACCAUCGCCUUCAAUUGGGCCAUCAAUCAGAAAGUCGACGUGACGCAGCAGCUCGACGGUGGCGUCAGAUUUCUCGAUCUGCGUCUAGCCACAAAAAAAAUGGACAACAAAUUCUACUUUGUUCACGGCCUGUACGGCGGUGAGAUAGGGCCACCUCUGCGCCAAGUGGCCGACUGGCUUACGAAACAUCCCGAGGAGGUCGUCAUUAUGGACUUUCAACACUUUUACAAUUUCACCGAGCAGCAUCAUCGCGACCUCAUGUACCUGAUAAAGGAUAUUUUUCGCGGUAAAAUGUGUCCCCGUUUCAACGCGCCCGGCAACGUGUCGCUCAGAUGGAUGAACUCGCGCAAGUACCAGGUUAUAAUAAUUUACCGGCACUUCGUCGUGGCCGCGGACGACAAUUUCUGGCUGGAUCGCUUGUGGCCGACGCCUUGGGCCGAGACCGUCAGCCGCACUCGGCUCGUGCAUUUUCUCAACGGCGGUUUGAGGAAUCGCGACCGCAGCAUCGGCUUCAUUUCGCAAAGCCUGCUGACACCCGAUCACGGUUACAUAUCGCGGCAUUUCUUCGGUAAUUUGGAGAAGGCGCUGGGCAACAAGAUGCAGAGGCUGACCUUGGACUGGGUCAACAGCAACUAUCCCGGUGACGGGGGAAUGAACGUAGUCAUGACCGAUUUCGUCUCGCAUACAGAUUUUCUUUUUGUGAAAACUGUUAUUCAACGGAAUGAGAAGUUUCUCAUUGCGUAAGCCUCCGUCUAUCUUCGAUGUUGUACUUCAUAUUGAAAUUAUAGAGCCAGUUCGAGCAAACUAUACAUUAAGUUUGUUAUAAAUGUUAUUAUUUUUUUAUCACGUUGUCAAUGCGUGCAUGUAAAUAAUAAUUAAAUUUGUACGAGGUAAAAAAUUUGUAAUCAUAUACCAAAAAUGUAACAUGAGAAGUAUCAAAUCUAUAUCUACGUCGUAUAAAAUAAGACUAGAUAUUGUUAUGUAAUCUCUGAACAACUCACAAGUAUUAACGCGAUAUUUAAUUUUAAAAAUAAAGAGCUGUACAUUUGAAUGUA